UUGAUAACAGCGGUUCCCUGUUUAAUAUAAUUAAAUUUCGAUACUCGAAACGUUGACGUCGUUUUCCUACUGAAUUGUCAAUUUAAGACCAAGUAAACACGUCUGCUGUCAAGUCGCCGGCGAAAUUCCGAUUCCAAGUUCCCUGACUAGAUCGAAGAAGCAAAAUGAUCACCGAUGUACAACUUGCUGUGUUCUCUAACGUUUUGGGAGUUUUCCUGUUCCUGUUGGUGGUGGCGUAUCACUACAUCAAUGCCAAUAUGGGCAGCGCGGUAAUAACCCGAAAAAGAAAAAAUUCUAAUGUAAGGGCGCCGUUAUCAGUCAAGCAUAAAUAAGUAAAUAAGUAAUAAGCGUAUAUGGGAAUCAGGCUGGAGUUACAAGUGUGGCACCAUUUACAAUUAAUUAUUUCCUUAUUUGGUUUCUUUCCACUCCACUCCACUCUCCAUGUUUCAGUUAGUCUGUAAAAUCACAAAUCAUAAAAUUAAUCUGUAAUUUUGUAUAUGCUAAAUGGUUUGAUGAUAAUAUAUCAAUGCUAUUCCACAAA